AUGGCAGUACGUGAAGAUCUGGGUGUCUCUGAAAUGAAAUCUGGUGGUGAUGAUGAAUUGUCAAUGUUCAACAAGGAAAACCUGCAGAGCAAUAUGAAAGUCAUUUACUAUAGGUGAUUUUGUCUACCCCUGUCUUUUAAUUAUUCUACCUCUCAUUAUCUUAGUUUGGUUUAGAUUUUUUUUGAACUACACAACAGCGACGUUCUUAAAACGAUUAAAAUAACCUAGAUGUCGGUCUUUAACGUGAGGCUUGGGAGAAUUUAUAAAUAAAGUGUUAUUAAAUAUUUGUCUAAUAUGAUGAGAUAUACACAUACGUGAUAAUGCUGAGUUGAACAAAUAGAGUUUCCAUAGGUGAUAUUUAUUAAGAACAAAGAAAAAAAAUAAACUGCUGUCAUAAAGAGGCAUUCUAAAUAAAUAAAUAUUAAAAUAAAUAUAGAUUUCAAUGCUAUCUUUUAAAUGCUCUCAAGUGUUAAUGCCUAUUAGUUUUUAUACAUAGUGUGAUAGAUGCAAAUAAAAAACAUGCUUGCUUCUCUAUGCUUCCCUUGGAGGUCGUGUUAAGGUUUUUGAUAGAUGCAGUUGUGGUAAACCCUGACAUUUAUGUCUGGUUGCGUACAGCUGCCUAGCCAAUGCAAUGCAGUCAUCUGAUGCCUUGGUGGUCUGAGGUGCCUGGGUGACUUGGGCAUCUGAGCUGCCUCUUUGGUCGAGUGCCAGGCACAACCCUCAAAAGUCUAUGCCAAUGGGCUUACUUGUUCCAGUUACCUUAUAGAAUAGUGUGAUCUUUUAUUUGUGUCGUUAUACAACUAGCAUAUAUUAGCUCGAAUUUUGGAACGCUGCUGGAAGGUUCUGUAAAGAGUGAAUAAUUUUUUCCUCAUCUUUCAUCUUCUUACUUCUACUUUGCCCACUUACAUGCACAAUUCAGUAAAUUUUUAAGCUAGACGGAGGAUACACUUUAGUUUUACUGACUCAUGAUAACAGAGAAGUGCAUUGUGUCAUCUGUUUCCGCAUUCCUUUGGAACAUAAUUUAAUUCUUCCAGCAUCAUGCAACUUUACUAGCUUACACACUGAAAACUUAGAUCUACUUCUGUUUACUCUUGCAAUUGAAGAUUAAACAGCCUACAAGUUCGCCACUCCUUCCAUACAGAAAUUUUGUUGCCGUGAUUAUAACCUAAUAUUUACUCAGGAUGAAGCACAUACCUGUAAAGUACAAUAGAUUUAUUCCUUUCUGAUUGGAAUUUCUUGAUAACGCUGUAAACUUAAGAAUUUAUUUCACACAUCAGAUAUUAUGUCUAUCACUUACAUGUGUAAGUUUUUCUGCAGUCGGACAUUUUUGUCAAUCAUUGGAGGAGUAAUUGCUGGGAUUUGGGGAUUUACAGGCCUGACGGGCUUCAUUUUCUACGUUUUGAUCAUGGGAAUUACUUCACUAGGGCUAGCAGCAAAGGCGAAGUUCUCUGCACAGACAUACUUUGACAACUGGAACAGGAUUCUGCUAGAUGGUUUUUUUGGCGGACUAAUGGUGAUCAUCUAACUCAUUCACCUGAAUCAGCGUAUCACUAGGGCUGUUUUCUUUUCAUGGCAGUGAAAUGUUAGCUUUUCUCUUGAUUGAUGUCCUUCGAGACCUUUCUGGUUGGUUUCCCUUGCAAGUUUUACUUUCAUCUCGCUCAAGCCAUUUUAGAAAUGGGCUGAGGUAGUCAUUUUCCUUAAGGGCAUGUAACUGACAAUAGACGUCCAUUAGUUCCUCAUUAAUCUUAAUACGGAUAUUAUUAGAAAAUGAGUCAUGGAGAAAGCAAUUUCUAAACUAUAGAGGUUUAAUCUUUGGUUUCCUCUUUUUCUGAGGUUCACUGUUUUAUUCUUGCCAGCUAUAUAGUAUACCUUGUCUUUUAUCUGCGAAUGCUAUGUACUCCAGAUGUGAUACUUGAUUGAAAGCUGUAAAUGAAGUUUGAUGGGGGAGAUGCCCCUUAGACUGAACUGCCUAUUUUCAGAGGUCAAAGCAUGUUUCCCCAGUCAUGUUCCCUGAUGCCACUUGAGGGGGCAUAAUUACUGCAGAUAAUUUACCAGACUCAUGGCUUUAGCAGUAAAAGAGCUUAAGUAAUCACUUGGACUUAUCUACAUUACAAAAUGAAUAUAUAGCUUGAAAAUCUGUCAUCUCAACCAACUAUUUCUUUGCCUGUGAUUCGAUCUUCUCAAUGCUAUCUUUAUCCUCUUCUGUUCUCUUGUUCCGUUUCCCUGUAAUGAGACAGAUGGCACUAAUCACAUUUCUUACUUUUUCUGCAGUCGUUCGUGCUGUUCUGGACGUAUCCUUUACCAUCUUUUGGAUUCAUGCAUUUUUAAUAUUUUUUUUAUCAUCCGGAAUCAUUAUCUUAGACAAUGCCCCGUUUCAGAAGUUGCAAAUUAGAGUAGAUAUCUCAGCUGGUGCUUCAAGGAUGAUCCUUAUUGUGCUUUUCUAGACCGUAACCUCUCCGCCCUUACUCCCUCACACUGGCCCCGUUUCAGAGUAGAAACCUUUUGAUUCUUCGUCUCUGUGAUGAGGAUUUGAACCUCCACAUUUCAACUUCUCACAAUCUAUUCCACUCCAUCUCUUGGAACGGUCACAUUAAAAUCGAUAGUGAGGCUGCUUAUGUUUAUUAGGUACCCAUCAUAAUCUUUCUGUCUUUUAUACAUGAAAGCUGAACAAACCCAAUUGAGUUUUCCUGGUUCAGUAUUUUGUGGGUUCGAUUAAAGAAACUAAUUUAUUUCCGAGGAUGUUGAAUACCUCAUUUGUGGGAUCAGUCACCUUUGGAUCAACAUAGAUUUUACAAUGUUAUCUGAUGGAAGUGAUUCCUUUGACCUAAUCUGCUAGUAUUCUUCCUUGACGUCUCCAGAUUUGCUUAUGAUAUUGUACAUAUUUUCUGAUGAAGAGGAGGAAGAUGGAGCAGCUUUCAUGAACAGGGCCUUAGAGUUUCCUGGGGUCAGGAACCUUUUGAUUCUUCGUCUCUGUGACGAGGAUUUUGAACCUUUCAGCUUCUCACAACCUCUUCCAUUACAUCUCUUGGAACAGCCACAUUAAAAUGUUUAUUAGUUAUCGAUUAUAAUCUCUGUCUUUUAUACAUGAAAGCUGAACAAACCCAGUUGAGUCUUCCUGAUUCAGUACCUUGUGGGUUCGAUUAAAGAAACCCGUUUAUUUCCGGGGAUGCUGAAUACCUCAUUUAUGGGAUCAAUCACCUUUGGAUCAACAUAGGUUUUGCAAUGGUAUCUGAUGUAAAGUGAUUCCUUUGACCUAAUCUGCUAGUGUUCUUCCUUGACGUCUCCAGAUUUGCUUAUGAUAUUGUGCAUAUUUUCUGA